GACAUUUGUGUGUCUGAAACUCUCGAAAUUUUAACUGCUUUUGGGAUCAAAUUUGAGUAUAGAUAGAAAGAUAGAGCUGAAGUGGGAGUAAGAGAUGAAAUUGUAGGAGUAAAAUAGGAAAUGUAGUUAAUAGACGACUAGUCGACAAAAAUAUAAAUGUGGAAAAAGGAGAAACAAAAGUUGUAGCGCGACCUUGCUAAGUCUCCACAUAUGUAGUAAAGCUAGAUUUUGGUGUGCAUAAGUUUUGGAGCAAUCUCAAUGACAAGGCCUCAGGUCACCAUCACCUUGGGCCGCUCUGGUCAAAAGGUGGUGAAGCGAUCAUCAACUUCUCACAGUAAUGGUUUUGGUCAACAGACAUUGUCAAGAGGCAAAAGGUCAACUGACGCUGAGGAUCCUUCGCUAUCCCGUCGCAAACGUGUGCGGAGGGAUAAAGAUGCAGGAGGUUCCAGAUAUGGCAGACUAAAUGAUGCUCGCGUUGGGCAAAAUGACCUCCGACUGAAACUAAUGCACAGAAGAAGGCAAAGGGAAAUUCUUCGACAGAUUGAAGAAAGAAAAAAGGAGCAGCGUAAGAGGACGUUAGCAAGUGUUCAAUCUGCAGAGCAAUCUCAAAGGAGGCCUGUCACCAGCAGCCAACCGAUGUCAAGAGCUAGCGAAUUGCUUCAAAUAGAGGCAAUUAGGUCUUCCUAUGCAUCUCAUACUGCUGGUGAUGUUAGACCACGAUCCCCAAAUAGACUUGCAAAAGAUUCUAGAGAAGUUGCUUCUUCAAGUAAUAUCACUGCAGCUCAGCAUGUUCCACCAUUAAGGCCAGCUGAAGCUUCAAGAAUGGUUCGUAUGGUGGGAAGUGACCAUGUCAAUCCUUCUCAAUUUAAACCCCUUACCCCUUUGACCAUGAGGUCAGCACUGGCUGCCAGGAAUCCAUUGUCACGUCUUCCCUCUGCAAAUGGAAGCAUGCUGCCAAGUCCAUAUCCCGAUCAACCUCCUAUGACCGUAACCACUCUAUUAAAUUCGCUCGGUUUGGGAAAGUAUGCUAUCCACUUUCAAGCUGAGGAGGUAGACAUGGCUGCAUUGAAGCAAAUGGGCGACCGUGACCUGAAGGACCUGGGGAUACCAAUGGGACCAAGGAAGAAGAUUCUCCUGGCUAUGUUUUCCCAAACUAGGACAGUGUAGUAUGGUAAUUAUAUUUGUUGAAUGCGAUGCUUCAAUAUUGUUUGAAAGCUGUAGUUUUCAAACUGGUUGUUAUUUGGAAAUGUAUAUGAAGGAUAGCGGCAAAAUGCUCGAGUAGUGGAAGAAUAUUUGUUGUAUAAAAGAGGGUAUAUGGCAGUGAAAUUCUCUGUUAUUGGGCUGA